GGAUGGUCGACUUCAUAAUCUUAUGUGCCGCCCUUUAUGAAUUUCUGGUAAUACAGCAGCGCGUCCGUCAGUUGUCUCUCCGCCAGUGUUGAUCAAGAACACCCAAUUGAUUAAAAAACGUCGACCACGCGUGUCCCAAUGAACUUGGAAUUACUAGAUCCUUGGGAACAGGAGUAUCCUCAAACAAUUGAAGAGACACUUGAAGAUGGAUACGUGUUGAACUGCAAAUUCAAUCGACGCGGUACAUUACUAGCAGCAGGCACUCACGACGGACGAUGCAUUGUUUGGGAUUUCGAUACAAAGGGCAUCGCGCGUGAUCUAUUGGGGCAUAUUAAACCUGUUGCCAGUGUGAGCUGGUCUCGCAAUGGCAGAUAUUUACUUUCUGCUUCAAAGGAUUGGACGUGUGUAAUAUGGGAUCUUAUCACGGCUGAAAAACAUAUGCGUAUACGGUUUCCAACGGCAUUGAUGAUGGCACAUAUGCAUCCCAAAAACAACUAUGUGUUUGUUGCGGCAUUGAAUCAGUCAAAUCCAGUGGCAGUCGACGUGUCAGAGGGCAGAACACGGAUAACAAAGCUGUUAGCCGAUGUAGAUUCUGAAGGCGGGAAGUUUUACGUUUCGGCUGUUUCGUGGAACAAAACAGGUAGUCGAAUAUAUGCAGGGACAUCCAAAGGUCAUCUCUAUAUCAUUGAUGGAGAUUCAUAUGAGACACUAUAUCAAACACGUGUUACAAGCACAACAAUCAAAGAUAUUCAAUGGAGCAGGAACGGAAAAGAUAUCCUCAUCAAUGCGAAUGACCGUGUCAUGCGUUACUAUCAUUUGGAGGAUCACGAUGGGAUCCCGACUCUAAAAAACAAGUUUCAAGAUUUGGUGAACCGGAUUCAAUGGAACAGCGCGAGUUUCAGUGCAGAUGGCGAGUUUGUUAUAGGAGGGUCAGGACACAAGGCCGAGCACAAUAUAUACAUUUGGGAUAAGAAUAUCGGAAACUUGGUUAAGAUAUUGGAAGGACCCAAGGAACCAUUGGAUGAUUUAUCGUGGCAUCCUAUUCGCCCUGUCAUCGCAUCAGUUAGCAGCUAUGGAAACAUCUAUUUAUGGACGACGAAGCACGAAGAAAACUGGAGCGCGUUCGCACCUGAUUUUACAGAGUUAGAAGAGAACUUGGAAUAUGAAGAGAAGGAAGACGAGUUCGAUGUGGUACCGGCGGAAGAGGUAUCACGACGGAAAGAAGAUGACGAAGAUAUAAUUGUCGAUGUAACAACUGUCGAGAACGUGCAAGCUUUUGUGGACUCGGAUGAUGAGGAAAUGGAAGAAGAUGAAGUCUACUAUUUGCCACCCGUAGCAAAUGCCAGUGAUGAAGAGGAAGGAGAUGAAGAUGAGGAAGAUGGCAGUGACAGGAAAGGCGGUCAAACAAUAGAUCAUUCAGAACGCGAUGUGCGAGACGUUUUUAUGUCAUAAAAGUCCCAACACCCAUCAUCAUUUCAAAACUGUCGAUGAAACCCGUUUGAUUCUCCCUGCACAUGUAAA